GAAAGGAGGAGGGGGUUCACAACUCAGUCUGUCAGGUUGGGUGACGGACUCACUGAGGAAACCGCUGAGCUCUGUGGGGUAUUUCUGUAUGUUACUCUGUGCUUCUAAAGGAAGAGGAAACCCGCUCCUCAGCUUCUUCUCUGAACUUGAAGCUGAUAUUAUCAUCAUCUCUGCUCCUUUCUUUUUGUUUUUGCUCCCUUGUCUUCUUUAGAGACCUCCACCUCCACUUGCCUGUUUCCACUUUUCUGCUGCAUCUCACACACCUUUCCACUGUGUCACCAUGGAUAUUGGUGGCCUGACCACAGUGGUGGCCAACUCUGCUUACAUCUCAGCCCGGGGGAGCUUUGAUGGCACCGCCAACCCUGCGCAUAACCGAGAUAAAAAGUACCACUCCCGCCUCAAGCUGCCCCACAUCACAGUAUGUGAGGGUCUGAGGGAGACCCUGGACCUGGGCUUCCAGACGGUCUGCGUGGAGCAGCCAAUUGGCAAACGUCUUUUCCAAGAGUUCCUCGACUCCAUCACUGAGUAUAAAGGCCCGUGCCGUUUGUGGAAGGAUAUUGAGGAGUACAACAAUGCUGAGGAUGAGGACCGGGUGAAGAAAGCAAGUAAGAUCCUGAGUCGGUACAUGGAGCCAGACGCCAAGUAUUUCUGCCCGUUCUUGCCUGAGAAUGGCAUCACGAAGGUCAAGGAGAAACACCAGGAAGCUGGGGAUGAGCUCUUUAAUGAGACUCUAGACAAUGUGAUGGACUUUCUCAAAGAGGUGCCCUACACGUUCUUCCUGGAGAGUAUGUAUCUCAAGAGGUUUCUGCAGUGGAAGUGGUUGGAAAUGCAGCCCAUGGAAGAGGACUGGUUCUUGGACUUCCGUGUGUUGGGUAAAGGAGGGUUUGGAGAGGUGUCUGCCUGCCAGAUGAAGGCCACGGGGAAGCUGUACGCCUGCAAGAAACUGAACAAGAAGAGGCUGAAGAAAAGGAAAGGCUACGAGGGGGCGAUGGUGGAGAAGAGGAUCCUGGCCCGGGUUCACAGCAGGUUCAUUGUCUCUUUGGCGUACGCCUUCCAGUCAAAAACAGAGCUGUGUCUGGUCAUGACCAUCAUGAAUGGAGGAGACCUGAGAUAUCACAUCUAUAAUGUGGAUGAGAAUAACCCAGGUUUUGACGAGCCGCGGGCCUGCUACUACGCUGCUCAGAUCAUCCAGGGCAUGGAGCACCUCCACCAGAAGAGGAUCAUCUACAGAGACCUCAAACCAGAGAAUGUACUGCUGGACAAUCAAGGGAAUGUCCGUAUCUCUGACCUUGGUUUGGCUGUGGAGCUGGCUGACGAUCAGUCCAAGAUCAAGGGCUAUGCUGGGACUCCAGGUUUCAUGGCUCCAGAGCUGCUCAAAGGAGAAGAAUACGACUACUCUGUGGACUACUUCACUCUGGGGGUCACUCUGUAUGAGUUCAUCGCUGCUAAAGGACCCUUCAGGACCCGAGGAGAGAAGGUGGAGAACAAGGUGGUGAAGAAGCGGAUUCUGAAUGAUCCAGUGACUUAUCCAGAGAAGUUCAGUGAACAUGCCAGAAGCAUCUGUGAGGGUCUGCUGUGCAAAGAAGUGGACAAGAGGUCCGGCUUCAAGGACGGGUCAUGUGACGAGCUCAGGGCGCAUCCCUUCUUCAAGGAGAUUAACUGGAGGAAGCUGAACGCAGGGAUUCUUCCGCCCCCCUUUGUUCCAGACUCCAAGACAGUCUACGCCAAGGACAUUGAUGACGUCGGGGCCUUUUCCACAGUUAAAGGUGUGCAACUAGAAGACAAGGACAAGCAAUUUUUUGAUGAGUUUGCUUCAGGGAACAUCGCCAUCCCCUGGCAGGAGGAGAUGAUCGAGACAGGGAUCUACGGUGAGCUCACGGUCUGGGGCCCUGACGGAGCUUUGCCCAACGACCUGCGGCGUGAAUCCAUCCUGGAGCAGCCGCCCAAGUCAUCCACCUGCACCGUGUCAUAGGCAGAAUAAUGAGGAGUUUGCAUGAACUGUUUGUUUAUCAGUCAGUGAAAUUUCACCCACUGGGAACCUUUUGGAUAAGAUUUCAAUACAGGGUUGUUUUGUCACUCCAGUGAAAGAGGAAUAAAAGAAGACUGAAGGGAAAAGGGCUUCUUUUUUACUACCGUGCAGCUUUAAUAGAUGUUAAGGCCAGAACUUCAUCCCAGAUUUACAGCUCUAGUCAAAAAACACUGUUUUAGUUUGUUUUUAAAUGUUAAGACUGCUUUAACAGCCUUUUCCACUAAAAUCUACCUUGCGUAAUCAGGCUGCCUGUUUAAAAGCUGUUGGAGUUUUUGACAGUUUUGAGUGAAUGUGUGUUUGGGUGUGUGUGUCAGAGAAAUGGCAGCAGAUCUGAUCUUUUUUCGUUUCCGUCUUUCUUGUCUUAUGGCUGCUGUGUAAAUUGGCGGCUGCUCUGACUUUUCAGCUGUGUUUAUAACUUUCUCAGAUGCAUUUUAUAUGACAGUGUAGGUUCGAUGCCACACAUUUACUGUAUUUGUAAACACAUUUGCUACAAGUUUAUUCAUAUUUUAUAGUUUGUGUUUGUGGCUGCAGAAGUGUAUAUGAGCUUGUACAGCAGAGAUGUUUAUGAAUUCAAAUAAAUAUUUUAUCAUGAAA